AUGGCACCCAUUGCUGUUAGCACUUCCCCGCAACUUCAGGCCUCGGUUCCUCUCAAAAAGCUUGCGCCAAUGGCUGAGCCUGCCUUCAAGUUUGACGCGAUGGAGGAUGCGCUGGCGGCGUUUGCCCGAGGGGAAUUUAUCGUAGUUAUGGACGACGAAGACAGAGAGAACGAAGGCGAUCUCAUCGCGGCCGCCAGCACCAUCACAACAGAGAAGAUGGCAUGGUUCAUCAAGCACACCAGCGGCUACAUUUGCAUCUCAUUGCCAUCCGAGCGCCUGGAGGAGCUGGAUAUUCAGAUGAUGGUCCCAAAUAACACAGAAAAGCACAAGACCGCGUACACAGUGACCGUUGACUACAAGAUCGGCACCACAACAGGUAUCUCUGCACAUGACCGUGCAUUAACCGCCCGAAAACUUGUCGACCCUCAGGUCGUUCCAGGAGAUUUCUCACGACCGGGGCACAUGGUUCCACUACGAGCUCGCCCAGGCGGCGUGUUGACCCGCAAGGGACACACAGAAGCGGCAAUUGAUAUGUGUAAUUUGACCAAUCUCCCGGCCGGCGGGCUCCUCUGUGAGCUGGUCAAUGACGAUGAGCAAGGCACAAUGGCACGUCGUGACGAUUGCCGGGCAUUCGCCGAUCGAUGGGGCCUCAAAAUGAUCAGCGUUGAGAUGAUCGCCAAAUGGCGACGCGAGCAUGGGUGCUAG